UAAUUGAUCCAACUCCAAUUCCUUCCCCCUCCUCUCUUUCGUAUACAGACAGCUGCUGCACUUAGCUUGCCAAAGACGAAUCAUAAACCUUCAGAAGCCACAAGCGGAGAGAGUGAGGGAGAGGAAGAUCAGAGAUCAUGGAGAGCCUGUGCCAGCUUCCUGCCGCUCCCAACACCCUCGCCUUGUCGAGGGGCCUGGCCAAUGGCCGCCGGAACUUGGCCCUGCAGGCGAGGAUGAACAAUGGCAGCGCAGGCUUCAGCCACGGAAAAAAGACGGUUUCCAUCCAGUCACGGAGCAAGAGGUGUGCCGGAAUCGCUCUCAAAGCAACGCAAUCUCCACAAGUCGAGCUCACAAAAGAAGCCCAGUUGCCAACCCUCCCGGCGAAGGUUGAGGAGAAGAACGAGAGGUGGGAGACGCUGGUUAAGGAAAUCAAAGAGAUCUUCCGGUCGAUGAACGACGGCGAGACGAACGCUUCGGCUUAUGACACUGCGUGGGUGGCUAGGAUUCCGUCCACGGAGGAACCGAGCAGGCCUCACUUCCCGCAGACUGUUGAUUGGAUUCUCAAGAACCAGUUGGAAGAUGGCUCUUGGGGAGAGCCCACUUACUACCUCGUCUUCGAUCGAUUGAUUUGCACUCUGUCAUGCGUCCUUGCACUCAAAACCUGGAACGUUGCAGAAGACCAGAUAGAGAAAGGUCUAGAUUACUUGAGGAAUCAUGUGGAUGAAAUAGAGACCGCGAGCGAGAGUCUGAUAACUAGCGGAUUCGAGGUUGCAUUUCCUUCCAUGUUGAACGAAGCCAAGACUCUGGGCAUCGAUCUUCCAUAUGAUCGUCCGUCCAUUCAAAAAAUUGUCCAAUUUAGGGAAAAGAAAAUGAGCAGAAUCCCAGUGCAAGUGAUGCAUUCAGUGCACACGACGCUGCUAUACACGUUGGAAGCCUUACAGGAAGUCGUGCAAUGGGACAAAAUUCUCAAGCUUCAAUCUGCAGAUGGGAGCUUCCUCAGCUCUGCUUCUUCCACGGCCGCAGUCUACAUGAAGACUGGUGACAAGAAAUGCCUUGAGUUCUUGCAAUCUGUACUAGACAGAUUUGGAGACAAUUUGCCCUGCCAAUACCCAAUCGACCUUUUCGAACGCAUCUGGGCCGUCGAUACGAUCGCGAGACUUGGGAUCGACCAUCUCUUCAAGAAAGAGAUCAUAGAGACGCUUGAUUACGUUUACAAAUAUGCUGGGAAACAAGGCGUUUCUUGGGGCAGAGACAACACCGUUCCUGAUGUUGACGAUACGUGCAUGGCCCUCCGUCUGAUGAGGUUAUAUGGCUACCCUGUCUCCUCAGAUCUGAUCGAGUUCUUCAGAGACGACGAUGGCAAUUUCAUAUGCUUCCCAGGCCAAACGCAUCGUGGAGUAUCAGACAUGUACAACUUGUACCGCUUCUCUCAGGUUGCCUUCCCCGGCGAGAAAAUUCUGAAGGAAGCCGAGUCCUUUGUGGAGACAUACUUGAAGGAUUGCGUGAAGAACAACAACGUCGACGACAAGUGGUCCUGCAAGAAGGCACUGGGCAAAGAGGUUGCUCGUGGCUUGGAGUACCCGUGGAGGAGGAGCUUCCCCAGACUUGAUGCCAGGGAAUACCUUGAGCAUUAUGGAGACAGCGAUGUUUGGCUCGCCAAGACCAUCUACCUGAUAUACAAUGUGACAAAUCCGAAGUACCUACAACUUGCCAAGUUGGAGUUCAACAGGCUGCAAGCAAUAUACAAGAAGGAGACGGAUUCCAUUGCAGAUUGGUGGAAUAGCUAUGGACUAGAAGCUGCCUCUCUGUCCCCCGAGCAGCUUCACUUCGCUAUCGCUUCUACACUCUCUGAGCCAGAGUUUGCUACGAGCAGAAUAGCCUACACCAAGUUCAAUUCCAUUGAAAAUGUUCUCGUAGAUCUGUUUUACAAACAUGAAUCCACUGAGGACUUGAAGUUGCUGUGCCAAGCAGUUGAAGAGUGGAAUCCCUCGCUGGCUCUUUCACUUCCAGCUCAAUUGAAAACAACAUUGAAUGUUUUGUAUGAGACUCUGAAUGAAUUAGCAGGGGAAGCCAGUAAAGUCCAAGGGAAGGAUGUGUUCCCCUACUUCCAUGAACUCAGGAAGAAACAGAUGGAGGUGUACAUGAAACUUAGGGAGACUAAAUUAGGAGGACAAAGCGUGGAGCACUCAUUGAAGGAGUACAUCGACCUUGGCAAGAGCGAAUUGGGCGUGGCCGUCAGAUUACUGCCUUCCGUGUUUCUGAUGGGAGAGCGUCUCAAGGAUUUGGAUCUGCUUUGCUUGAACGAGAAAUCCAGACUCCAGGAUCAACUCUCCGAGUUCUUGAGACUGUACAUCGAUGUCCAAAUGCACAACAACUCGCUGGUGCCAGAUGGGAACAACGCUGUGGCCUUGAGCAUGAAAGAGAGCAACUGCACGGCGGAGGAAGCGUUGGGCCACGUAGAGGCGAAGAUGGAUGCGGCGUUCGACGAGCUGGUGCACGAGAGUCUAAAGCCGAGCUUGGUGCCGCGUAGCUGCCGGAGGUUGAUGUUUGAGCACGCGAGGAUCACACAGUUCUUCCUGCACGACGACUUCACCUCGCCAGCGCAUAAGCAGAAGAUCGCUGAAGCCAUGCAACGCUUCUACACGCCUGUUCCGAUCGGUAGUGCAUGAACGGAGCAGCAGGGGAGUACCUUUUUUUUUUUUAUCAAAAAAAUUGUGGAAAUAAACUUAACGCUUUAUGAGAUCGAGGCACGCAGAUCGAAGCCCGAUAAUAAUUUUAAAUUUUGUGUUAAUUCUUUUAAGGACGAUAUAAUGCUACAAUGAAUGAAAGUCUUUACGUGUUAAUUAUUA